UGGAGCGCCUCUACAGGGGUCUUUUCUGCUCAUGUCACUACAUAAAACUAUCAGAUGGUUAGAGGAAGGCCAUGGAGGCAGCCACUUAGCUCGUCUUACAGAGGACGCCAAAUGAAGUCUAUUCAGCUUCGCUAGCGGGACAAGCUGACUUACUCUGCGAGAGAGACUUACAGCAGCCGUCACUCCAUAAAUGCGCACCGCCCGCGAGCCAGCACAGCGCACACAGACGCACAACCUGACUCUUUUACGCACGACGCAACCCCAGCUUUUGCCUGCUUUUAAACUUUCCUCAGCGGUUGUUCUCAUGAAGAGCGGCAAGCCUUCGCUGAGGAAUUAAAGAGGGACUACUUUUUAUUGAUUUUCUGAAAAUAUCGAGGAUGCCUCGUCCGGGGAGAAACACGUACAGCGACCAGAAGCCUCCUUACUCCUACAUCUCCCUCACUGCCAUGGCGAUCCAGAGCUGCCCGGAGAAGAUGCUGCCCCUCAGUGAAAUUUACAAGUUCAUCAUGGAUAGAUUCCCCUACUACAGAGAAAACACUCAGCGGUGGCAGAACUCCCUGCGCCACAACCUCUCCUUCAACGACUGUUUCAUUAAAAUCCCGCGGCGCCCGGAUCAGCCAGGUAAGGGCAGCUUCUGGGCUUUGCACCCCAGCUGUGGGGACAUGUUUGAGAAUGGAAGUUUCCUGAGACGCCGCAAAAGGUUCAAAGUGUUGGGAGCGUCCGACCACUUGGCUCCCAGUAAGCAGUCGGAAGCUGCUCAUUACCUCCAGCAGCAAGCCAAGCUGAGGCUGAGCGCCCUGGCAGCCACCGGCACGCACCUGCCCCAGAUGUCAACCUACAACCUGGGAGUGACUCAGACGUCAACUUUCAAGCAUCCUUUCGCCAUCGAGAACAUCAUCGCCAGAGAGUACAAGGUCCCAGGAAGCCUGGCCUUCUCCACCAUGCAGUCCAUGUCUGCUGGUUACCCGCUGCAUAACCAGCUGACCACAGCAUGGCCCCACAUGUACAACACCAGCGUGAUUGACACGGCUGCCCCAAUCUCCAUGGCGGGCAGCGACUACAGCGCAUACGGUAUGCCCAUCAAAUCUCUGUGCCACGGGGGACAGUCUUUACCCGCUAUCCCGGUACCCAUCAAGCCCACUCCGACCUCCAUGGGUUUCUCGGCGUUACCUCCACACAUCCCCGCGUUUCUAUCAAACUCUCCGCAGUCUCUGAGCCCGACUUCCCCACAGACAGCGACCAGCCAAAGCAGCCCCGCGACCCCGAGUGAGACUCUGACGAGCCCGUCCACGCUGCAGUCUGUGGCUGUGCACUGACCACAUUGACUGUCCCAUUAUUAUUAAAAAAAAAAAAAAAA